UUGACAGACUACUCACGAGCGGUUACAAACAUCUGUAUGAAAGAAUGCCUUGAAAUAUACUUGUUAUUCAUUUUCAUGUUAAAUUCUGUGUCAUUGCCGUCUGUCUCUCUUGUUCUCCGAUAUAUUCCUCGUCAGUAGCGAAUCACCCUUGUUGUCGUCAUGAAUUGCAAUUGCGCAUAUCAGGAUUUAUGCACAUUACAAAAUGCCUGCCAGGUGUAGUGCUCCCAGGUGCACCAAUUCCAAUAAAGAAAGAUAUGGUUGUAUAAACUUUGCUCGAGAUCCAAAAUUGAGACAAAAAUGGAUUAAUGCUGUUGGAAUUUCUGAUUGGAAACCUCCAAAAUCAGCUGUACUGUGUGAGGUUCAUUUCGAUCCAUCAGAAUUAUUCCGCAUUGGUACCAAAAAAAUUAUAAGAAAAGGUACCAUACCAAGUUUCUUUUGCAAAUGUGUAGAACUUAUGAAAGAGAAAUCUCUUGCAGGAAUUCAACCAGAACAGCGAUGUAAUAAAUCAACUAAAUUUCUUCCUUACAAAAAGGCAGAAUUAAGAAGUGAUCAUUCGUAUACUGCUACAGAAAAUUCUGAGAAGCAAGAAAAUAACAAUUGCAAAAGAGAGCAAUAUUCAAAUGAAUUACAAGAACAUAAUUAUUGUUUACCUUUCAAAAAAGGAAAAUCUAUUAUGUUUGGGCAACGUAUGAAGAAGUACAUCCAUACUGCACAUUGUGUUGUAAUGAAAGAACCCAUUGAUAUAAAUACAUUGGAGACAUUCUUUGAAGAGGAAAAUUACAGAUCAAAUUCUAAUCUAGACAUACAUAUAUCAUCAGAAUGUACUGCAAACCAAAUAUUGUCUACGGAGAAUUUACCUAGUCCAGAAGAACAUGAAAUACUAAAAGAAAAAUUAAAAAUGGUUGAAAAAGAAAGAGAUAUCCUAAAAAAUAAAGUUAAUGACUUAGAAAAAAAUAUCGAGGAAAAUACUGAAAUAAUUAAUACAAUUCUUAAUAAAGAUCAACAAAGAGCAAUUGUAUACGAUACUACAAAAGGUUUCAAGUGGUCAGAUGAAACAAUUGAAAAAGGAUUGGGCUUACAUUUUGUAUGUGGAUUGCAUGAUUAUAAUCAGAUAAUUAAACUUGUUGCUCCAUUUCCUUCAUUGAAAACUUUAAGAAAUAAAAUACAGUAAAAUUUGAACGGGGUGAUCCCGAUUGAUCACGGCUCGAUUGGACA